AUGAGGCAGCCCCACAUCCCUGCCCUGCUGCUGCUGCCACUGCUGCUGAGAUCUGGGACUGAAGGGAUCAGAGCUCUGAGAGCCUGCGGGCACCCACGGAUGUUCAACCGGAUGGUUGGUGGGGAGGACGCUUUAGAAGGUGAGUGGCCCUGGCAGGUCAGCAUCCAGCGCAAUGGGACCCACUUCUGUGGGGGCAGUCUCAUCGCACCAACGUGGGUCCUCACCGCUGCACACUGCUUCUCCAAUACUUCAGACAUAUCCAUAUACCAAGUCCUGCUGGGGGCUCUGCAGCUGCAGCAGCCAGGGCCACAUGCCCUGUACGUCCGCGUGAAGCGGGUGGAAAGCAACCCCCAAUACCAAGGCAUGGCCUCCAGUGCCGACGUGGCUCUGGUGGAGCUGCAGAUGCCCGUGACUUUCACCAAUUACAUCCUUCCUGUGUGUCUGCCGGACCCCUCCAUCGUCUUUGAGCCGGGCAUGAAGUGCUGGGUCACUGGCUGGGGCAGCCCCAGUGAACAAGACCGACUGCCCAACCCACGGAUCCUGCAGAAACUUGCUGUGCCCAUUAUUGACACGCCCAGGUGCAACCUGCUGUACAGCAGAGAUGCGGAGUCUGACUUCCAGCUCAAAACCAUCAAGGAUGACAUGCUGUGCGCAGGCUUUGCAGAGGGCAAGAAGGAUGCCUGUAAGGGUGACUCUGGAGGCCCCUUGGUGUGCUUUGUGGACCAGUCAUGGGUGCAGGCUGGGGUGAUCAGCUGGGGAGAAGGCUGUGCCCGCCGGAACCGCCCAGGUGUCUACAUCCGUGUCACUUCCCAUCACAAAUGGAUCCACCAAAUCAUUCCAGAACUGAAGUUUCAGGGCAGGGCCAGCAGUCAGCAGCAGCGAAGAGACCCUCGAGGUUGGCAGCACUUGGGGAACUCUGCCCCCUGCCUGGCUGCCCACGCAGUCAUGCUGACCCUGGUGGUUAUGCUCAGCAUCCUCUGA